AUGAAAAAAAAUUACAACAACUCCUCAAGAAUUCUAGAUUGGAUGGUUAAAUAUAAAUUUGGUAAAGAUUCUCUCAAAUUGUUAUAUGGUGAAGCAGCAGGUCCUCCUUUCCAACCAAGCAAGUUGCGAACAGAGUAUAAUAGAAGAAAAUUGAUUAGAUAUUGUUCUCGAAAUAUCAGGAGUACCUUAGAUAAAAUCAAACUAAUGCAUGGCAAUAUAAUUAAUGAAAAUAAAUUGAACAAGGUUAAAAAAUUACCACGAAUCUGCAUGCUAACUCAUGGAACUAAUUUGGAUUUAUACUACUAUGAUAAAUCUAAAAAUAACUUUGGAGUUUUUAUUGAUUUAUUUUCACUUCCAUUGCCACUUACAAAGCAUACUUCAGAAAAAGAAGUAAGAGAUUUUUUAAUUGGUAUGGUAAUUUUUGAAAGAGCCAUCUCCAGUAUACAACCUGCCAUAAAAGAAUUAAAUCAAUCAAUAAGUGAAUCCAUUGAUCCAACAAGUAUUGGAGAUGGUGAAGAAGAUGUUGUAAUUGAAUGA